UUUUUAAUCAUCAACUCUUUAUUUUCUGAAAAACAAAUAGUUUCUGACUGAGGCAAUUACACAAAAGAAAAACUAUUUCAACGUUUUCAAAAACAAAAAUAUGAAUCUGAUUAAAAUUGUCCGACGUUUUUCCUUUAGUUCUAUAAGAUCCAGCCAAAAGACUAAAGAUACUCGCCCAAACAAUAAUUCCUUAACAGUGGUGAAGCCACAGUCGUCAUCAGUUGAGCUACCGCCUAAAAUUAAAACAUUUCAAAUCUAUCGAUGGAAUCCUGACAAACCCGAAGUUAAGCCUUCCGUGCAAACAUACAAGUUUGACAUGAAUUGGUUAAUUCGGCAAUCUCCAAUGGUCCUGACAGCACUGAUUGUGAUUAAAGAUAAAUUAGAUGAAACUCUGGUAUUUCGACGAUCUUGCCGUGAAGGUAUUUGUGGUUCAUGUGGCAUGAAUAUCAAUGGAGUCAAUACGCUAGCUUGCAUUUGCAGAAUCGAUGAUAAUCUAUCGAAGACUAUAAAAAUCUAUCCCUUGCCUCAUAUGUAUGUCCUGAAGGAUUUAGUUCCUAAUAUGUCACACUUCUACGAUCAAUAUCACAAGAUUCGUCCAUGGUUAGUUCGCAAGUAA